AUGUCACCAACAGGACUGGUCCCAGUUGCUAUCCUGAGAACCGUCCUUCACAAAUAUGACCUGAUAAUAACAGGGGCGACAUGGGCUGUUGCACAGAAUUACUGCAGGGUGACUUACAAUGAUCUGGCAACGGUUGUAAGUGAUUUUGAUUGGCUAAGAUUGAAUAAAGAAACAGCAGACAAAAAUCUGGCAACAGAUGCCUGGGUCGGAUUAUACAAUGAUAUCAAUAGCUGGCGCUGGUCCUUAAACAACCUCCCACUGAAGAAUGUCACUUAUAGCUGCUGGUACUCUGGUCAGCCUAAUACUGUCGGUGGAAACGAAGGAUGUGCUGCCUUAGGUUUUGGUAAUGCGUGGUGGGAUUCAAUAUGUACAGGACUAAGACCCUUUAUUUGCUAUAAUGCUAAUUUCAGUGGUGCUGCCCGGUUUAUUGGCAUCACUAAACCUCUGUCCUGGCCUCAAGCUCAGGCUUACUGUAGAGAACAUCACACAGAUUUGGCCAGCGCUCUUAACAGUUCAGACCAAAACAUGUUAGUGCAGGUGAAGAACAUCCAGGGUGAUUCCUGGAUUGGGCUCUACAGAGACACAUGGAAGUGGUCAGAUGGAACCAUCGCUUUAAACCUACCAUGGGCUUCUGGACAACCUAAUAAUUAUUAUGGCAAUGAGAACUGUGUAGUGGUUAAUAACGGACUGUUCUACGAUGCAACCUGCACCAAGCUGUAUUCUUUUUUCUGUCAAUCCAUUUCCACUAUGAGGAAUCAGACAGUGAAACUGCAGGUGAAGUCUGAUGGCAGUGUGUUUGAUCCUGCUGUUCAGUCGUCCAUUUUAGAGCAGAUGAAGCAGAAACUGAAAGAACAUGGCAUGUUGGAGAACACCACAGUGACCUGGAGGGUGCAGCCAGAUGGAAACAUCUUCAAGAAGAAAAAAGAUGAUCUGUAACAUCUAAAUGUUCACCUUCAAGUCCAGCAGAUUGUAAACUGACUGAAAUGUAUUUAACCUUCAAUAUUUAAGCUUUAAUCAGUAGGGGGCGGUAGAGGACAAGAUUAACUAGAAGUAGAAGAACAAACAUCUAAUUUUAUUGUUCUGUUUUUAACACAACCACUUUGACUUCAUCUUAAAUUUAACAUUAGUUUUAAUGUUUUGUCAAAUAAUUAUUAUUUAAUAUGUUCAGCUUUUGCUGCAAGCUGCCACUGGACACAGUGAUAAGGAGAAAGUCAAAGAGGGUCUGUUCAUAUACUGGGUUUAAUACAUCAGUGUGAAGUGGAGGAGCUACAGAUCCAAACAUAAUAGAUUAUGAAGAUCUUCCUACUUGUUCAUCUGUUUGGGAAGCAGGUGUGUGUGAAUAUGUCUAGUCUUUGUGGUCUCAUGUAACAAUCCUUUUCCUAUGAAAAGCUCCAGAGCUGUUUCUCAACCGGAACUUCACUGGCUCAGGUGAGGUGGAGAGGAAAUGUGCUCUCAUGGAAAGCAUAAGCAUUAGCUUUAGCUUUGUGAUUAUGGAAGAAUACUGAUACAUUCAUCCUUCUGUGAAGACUCUAAUGCUGGAUUUUAGGGAGUGCUAAAUCCACCUCUGGGUAUCCAGGUUUUCUCCUAAAUAAACCAUAAUGCUCUAUGCUAGCGGCUAACAGAGCAGUUGUGAUGUGAAACCUCUGAAGAUGCUUAGAUUUCAGAUUCUUCUGUAGCCGGUAAUGCUGUCAAUAUGUUAGGAUUACACGGUUAUGGACCAGAUUGCUAGGUUCCCUAAGGAGGACAAGGAAAGUGAAUGCACAAUCACAGACCAGAAAAAUUACUGUCACCAAGAUGGUUUGAUUUACUUAAAGAAAAAGGUUUAAAUGCAUGUAAAUGUGGAAUGUAAACAAUAAAAUAAAAAUGACACUGGAAUAAUAACAGUACCCUCCUAUUGUCCUCCUAUACAAACUAGGAGCACUGAGUCAACUUGAUCUUAUCUGUUUUGAUUGCUUAUAAAAAAAAAUGAAGUAUAUAUGAUAGCCUUUUCCCCCACCUUUUUAGUCUAACCUGUUUCC